AGCAUGACGGCGUAAUAUUUUGACACCUUCAAAUUCCAAUAUUAUAGUCUGUGAAGUCUGAACAUUACUUGUUGUUUCAAGAAAUACUAAUAAAAAUGGAAGAAAUCGGCAUCAUACUGCCUGAAAAGGAUGACCAAGUCACUGACACAAAAGGGCUAUCAUUUGCUGGCCCCCAAUCAUUUGACGAAUUGGAAUCUGAAGAUUUAUACACAAAGUAUAAGAAACUACAACGUAUGUUAGAAUUUUUGGAAGUGCAAGAAGAAUAUAUAAAAGAUGAACAAAGAAAUCUUAAAAAAGAAUAUCUCCAUGCUCAAGAAGAGGUGAAAAGAAUCCAAUCAGUUCCACUUGUCAUAGGACAGUUCCUUGAAGCAGUUGAUCAGAACACUGGAAUUGUGGGAAGUACAACUGGCUCCAACUACUAUGUACGUAUCCUGUCUACGAUAGAUAGAGAAUUGCUAAAGCCCUCAGCAUCAGUGGCUCUUCAUAAGCAUUCUAAUGCCCUAGUAGAUGUUUUACCUCCAGAAGCUGAUAGCUCUAUUUCAAUGUUACAAGCAGAUGAGAAGCCAGAUGUCCAAUACUCAGAUAUCGGAGGCAUGGAUACACAAAAGCAGGAAAUUCGUGAAGCGGUCGAGCUGCCUCUGACUCAUGUAGAGCUCUACAGACAGAUUGGUAUAGAGCCUCCCCGUGGUGUCCUUAUGUAUGGCCCACCGGGAUGUGGUAAAACCAUGUUGGCAAAGGCUGUUGCUCACCAUACUACGGCUGCCUUCAUACGUGUAGUAGGCUCUGAGUUUGUACAAAAAUACUUAGGUGAAGGACCGCGUAUGGUACGCGACGUUUUCCGUCUCGCUAAAGAAAACAGUCCUGCUAUCAUUUUCAUUGACGAAAUCGACGCCAUUGCUACUAAACGAUUUGACGCCCAAACGGGUGCCGACCGAGAAGUUCAGAGAAUCUUAUUAGAACUACUUAACCAAAUGGACGGUUUUGACCAGACCACUAAUGUUAAAGUAAUCAUGGCUACUAAUCGUGCUGAUACUUUGGAUCCUGCUCUACUUAGACCAGGUCGUCUUGACAGGAAGAUUGAAUUUCCUCUGCCUGACAGGCGUCAGAAGCGUCUCAUCUUCUCGACUAUCACGGCUAAGAUGAAUCUCUCCGAGGAGGUCGACUUGGAAGAGUUUGUGGCGCGGCCCGAACGCGUGUCUGGCGCAGACAUUAACGCCAUCUGCCAGGAAGCCGGCAUGCACGCCGUUAGGGAGAAUAGGUACAUUGUGCUGCCGAAGGACUUCGAAAAGGGUUACAAGAACAAUAUCAAAAAAGAUGAAAGUGAAUAUGAAUUCUACAAAUAAGUUUAUAAUAUAAUUGUAAUAUUUUCUUUGUAAUUGAGUUUAAAUUAAAUUGUAUGUUCCAAUACUAAUCAUAUGUUUGAUUAUA